AUGCGCCUUGGCAGUCGCCUGCCUAGCCGCGCCCUUUCCUCGUCGGCGCGGUCCAGCAGCAGCGGCAGCAGCGGCGGCGCCGGCUCGACGCGCACCCACAACCUGCUUCGCUAUGGCACGACGGUAGGCAGCGUCUCACUUGCGCUGCUGGCGAUCGACACGCUCCUCGCCCGCGAGGGCCGAGGCGUCCUCUUCCUCGACGACAGCGCAACCCGCAUCGCCGAGUCGCACGCUCAAGAGGUCGCUCGCGAGGACGAGUCCUACCAGCCCCACCGGCCGCUGCGCAACCACUCGCUCUCAAGGCUGAUCAACAGCUACGUCGUCUUCACCAUCUGCUCGUUUCCCUGGAUCGUCAACGCUGGGCCGGCCCUCAUCGACUGGAGCGCCAGCACCAGCCUGCCCUUUGUAUGGCCCAUCACCGAGUGGUUCGCUCGACGCACUUUUUUCCGGUGCUUUGUGAGCGACGACUCGGCAGAGGGCUCGCUCCCCGUCCUCUCUGACCUCUCGAGGGAUGGUCUGGGCUCGCUCCUCGUCUAUUCUGUCGAGGUCACAAAGGACGGCGCGCAGGGCAACGGCGACGACCACUCGUCGUCGACAUCGGGCAAGGCCGGCACCGGCCGCAGUUCGGCCAUCCACCGGCCGUUUGUCGACGAGCUGCUGCACAGCGUCGACGUGGCCGCGGAUUUCUCCGCUCUGCCUUCGACCUUUGGCGCCGCCGAUGAGGCCGAGGCCAAGCAGCUGGCCGCUCGUCCGGACCGAUCAGGCAGCACCUUUGUUGCCAUCAAGCUCUCUGGCCUGCUGUACGACUCGUCCGUCCUGGAGCGAGCCUCGGCGGCCAUUGUCCCGCGAGAGUGGUUCAGCUCGCCUCCGGAGCCUUCGCCGCCAGCGUCGAUCAACGCCUCCGGACCCUGCGGCGCCCUGGCAAUUCCGGUCGCUGCGCUGAAGCCCGAGGACGUCGAGGCCCUCAAGGAGCUCUGGCAGGCUCUGCGCGAGGUGGCCCUGCGAGCGCAGAAGCACGGCAACGUCCGCAUCGCCGUCGAUGCCGAGUACAGCUGGUACCAGCCGGCCAUUGAUGCCAUGUAUGAGGCCAUCGCCGCCGAGUUCAACCGCCCCGUUGGCAAGCCAAAGGACGGCGCCUCAGCGGCCAACCGCGUCACUGGCCCGCUCAUCUACAAUACCUUCCAGGCCUACCUCCGACGCACCCCCUCCCACCUCGCCGCAUCGCUCGAGCGCGCCCGGCUCAACGGCUAUACGCUCGGCGUCAAGCUGGUCCGCGGCGCGUACAUGGACAUCGAGAACGCCACCUGGUCCAACAAGAGCGUCGACACGCCGCCCGUGCCCGUCGCCACCAAGAGCAAGGCCGCGCCGCCCGAGUACGUGGGCUGGAAGAGCCCCGUCUGGCCGACCAAGGACCUCACCGACCGGUGCUUUGACGGAUGCGCCGUCCGGCUCGCCGAGGAGAUCCACCGCGACAUCGAAAAGGGCAAGCAGAGCGGCGCCGCGCCCCGGCUCGCCGUCAUCUUUGCCAGCCACAACACCCAGUCGGCGCUCAAGGUGACGCGCAAGAUGGUCGAGCUCGGCAUGGCCAAGCCCGACGCUAGUCUCGCCGCCGCCGCCGAGAGCAGCGGAGAGCCCUUGCCGCUGGUCAACCUGCAGCUCCAGGAGUCGAUUCGUGGCCGCAUCUUCUUUGCCCAGCUGUACGGCAUGGCUUCGGCACUGACGGCGCGGAUGCAGGCCGCCUUCGACCCCGACUCGGGAGGCGCCGGCCCCCAUAUCGUGCUCAAGUACGUGCCCUACGGCCCGCUGAAGCUGGUCAUGCCCUACCUCGUCCGACGGGCCGUCGAAAACGCCAGCGUCAUGGGCGGCGGUGCGGCCCGCGAGAAGGAGCUGGUUCGCAGCGAGAUUCUCCACCGCAUCGGCCUCAAGCGUUGA